AAAUUUUGUGAUGCUGUGCAAUGUAAUUCUUCAUUCCCAAUUCAAAAUGAUCAAGCUCUAAUGUUUAGUAAUUACCUUUUAUCUCGUAAAUCGGUACAAACACCUAAGGGAGCAUAUUUCUUGAUUAGUGCUCUUAAAACAUUGUCYAAUAACAAAUACCAUUUGCCAAUCGCAGCUACACUUGUAAAACCGAUGGGUGAUCUAGAUGAUACACAAAAAAUACUUUCUGUGCGUUUCACCAAUUUACUUGGAGAACCACUGCCGACAUCUCUUUCUGUUGGUGUUGAAUCAGCAAUGUUAAAUAAYAAAGUUGUAAUGUCUAAAAAUAAAUUCAAAUCAACUGCCGACAAGACUGUAUAUGAAUUAGAUUUUAAUGAACCAGAUUUGUCUAUUGGAAUCUAUAGUAUUGUGAUAAGUGCUACACCAUUAGAUAAAGUCAAGAUCCCACUAUUGGGCAAUACAGCUAUUCCACUUGAGGUAAAAGUAUCAGCUUCUUCAGUAAACAUUGUUGACUUCAAAGUUGGGACAACUGAUAACGAUCAACAAUCAGGCCCAUCUCUUCAAACUUUGAAAUAUGGUGAAAAGUUGCCAACUCAAUUAAAAGCAGACCACAUGCAAAGAAUUAUWGUCCGCUUUGCUAUUAAAGAUUAUCAAGUUAAGAAAAAUGUUCAAGUACACCAAGCAUUUGUUAGGUUUACAAAUGUCAAGACUGGUUCUCAAAGUGUAUUUGUCGCCGAAUUGGACUCUCAAAAUAAUUAUAAAUUGGAUAUGGACUUAGGCGUUAAAUCAGUAUCAUUCAAACAUGCAUCUGGUAUAUAUUCUAUGGAUUUAAUUAUCGGUGACUCUCUAUUAAAGAAUCCUAUAGUUUGGCAAUUUAGUGACAUCAAAUUGAAAUUUUCUGAAGUUGAAUCAGAUACUGCUGAAUCUUUUGCAGAUUUUUAUAAACCAAAAAAAUUAAUAUCUCAUACUUUUAGAGAACCUGAAUCUAGACCACCUCAUAUUGUAUCACUUCUUUUUACCGUAUUGUCUCUUGCGCCAUUGUUGGUUCUUUUUGUUCUGUGGRCUCGCUUGGGAGUUAAUAUAAAAAACUUUCCCUUCAAUUUGAGUGCCAUAGGAUUUCAUUCGGCAUUAGCAGGCAUAUUCAUACUAUUUGGUAUGUUUUGGGUAUACUUAGAUAUGUUCAUAACAUUGAAAUAUUUGUUUUUAUUGGGAAUUUCAAUAUUCUUAUUUGGUAACCGAUUACUGUCAUACAUUGCAAGAAGAAGAAAUAAGUAACUUAGAUGACAAUUCUAUUGAGUGGGUUAUCGAUGAUAAAGUCAAAUUAUCUUUAUUCGUUCUGUUGUGUGUAAGCUAAUGUCAGAUUCAAUUUCUUUUAUCAUUUUUGCUAGCAUUGAACAAUAUCUUCUAAAUUGUAUUGUAAAACUUCAAUGUACAUAUAAUGAAUAAUUUAUUACAUUUAUAAAUAUUAGAAUAUGAAAACAUGAAUUACACACUUAUAAUAGACAUAUAUACAUUGUGUAUAUAUAUGCAUAUAAAUAUGUAUUUACCUACUUAAUUUUAAAAAUUACAAAUGAUAUUUUCUGAACAAAGCAUUUUUGUAUAAACAUACUUAUUUUUAUUUGUCAAUGUAUUGGGUUGAAGAAUUUAAUUGAAGGCUAAAUUUC